GGUCACAAACCCAACUUCAGCCUGGCAGGACCUUAUCUCUGUCUCCCUUUGUAGAGGACGAGGAGAUGGCGAUAAAAUUGUGUUGCUUUCCCAAGGAUCCACUGGAGGAUGUUGAGUCCUGGAGUGAGUCUGUGGAUAAAGUCCUCGGCAGUAAAGCCGGACAGAUAGCUUUCCGGGAGUUCCUGAAGUCUGAGUACAGCGAAGAAAACAUUUUGUUUUGGCUCGCCUGCGAGGAGUACAAAAAGACCAAGACGGUCCCAGAGAUGAUCUCGUCCGCCAACAGGAUCUACUCAGAGUUCGUGCAAACAGAAGCCCCCAGGCAGAUCAACAUAGACUGCCCGACCAGAGAAAGCAUUACAAAGAACAUCUCCCAGCCGACCCUGACGUCCUUUGAUACGGCGCAGAAGCUCGUCUACAGUCUGAUGGCCAGGGACUGCUACCCACGCUUCCUCAAAUCUGACAUCUAUCAGGGACUCCUGAGGAAAGUCGAUUCAAGUGCUGCUGCUGGGUUUCGCCAGACAGACGCAGUUGAUCYGCGCCAAGAGUAGCCCAACAUAAAACCAUACAUGUACAAAACAUUGCUGCCAUGCCAAGUUUAGUUACAUUACCAUCUUUGGAGCUGCAGCAUUUCAAUAUGGAGACU